AUGGCCGCCGCCGACGUUACGCAUUGCCGCGGUGUGUCGUCACGCUUUCCCCCUCCUCCCGCCUCGCUCUCUCAGUAUCGCGGUCCGGUGCACGUCAGUUCCUGUUGGAGAGCAUUUGCGGUGGUUGAGUCGGACGCGGGUGUGAGAUCAGACAGGUUUUGCACCAAAAUCGUUCUCACAGCUGUUCCUGUAAGUUAUGAACAGGCAAUAAAAUCGUUUGGUUUGCCAAGAAAAAGAAGAACCCAUGAUUCCUAUAUGCCCUGUAGUUUCCUUCACCUAUGUGCCCAGCCGGCUGGGUGAAGAAGCCAAAAUGGCUACUGGCAACUACUUUGGAUUUACCCAUGGUGGUGCUGCGCAGUACAGCCAGCAGCCGGCGUCGGGAGUAGCCUAUUCCCAUCCAACAACCGUGGGCAGCUACACCGUUCAUCAGGCUCCAGUAGCUGCUCACACCGUAACAGCAGCCUAUGCCCCUGCACCAGCCACAGUAGCUGUAGCCCGACCUGCACCUGUCGCUGUGGCAGCUGCUGCAAACGCAGCUUACGGUGGCUACCCGACAGCUCAUACUGCAGCAGAUUACGGCUACACCCAGCGGCAGCAGGAGGCUCCGCCUCCGCCACCUCCUGUCACAACACAAAAUUACCAGGAUACCUAUUCGUAUGUUAGGUCCACGGCCCCUGCUGUUGCUUAUGACAGCAAGCAGUACUACCAGCAGCCCACUGCAACAGCUGCAGCCGUAGCGGCUGCCCAGCCCCAGCAGUCUAUGGCGGAAUCCUACUACCAGACAGCUCCUUUCGCCUUGUCUUUUCCAGUUGGCCCCAAGGCUGGCUACAGCCAGGGUGCUGCACAAUACACUCAGGCGCAACAGGCUCGACAAGUGACUGCAAUCAAACCGGCUAACCCCAGUCCUGCUACGACUACCUUCUCUAUAUACCCAGUGUCCUCCACUGUGCAGCCUGUUGCUGCUGCUGCCACUGUGGUGCCCUCAUACACACAGAGUGCCACCUACAGCACAACUGCUGUUACAUACUCCGGUGCGGCUUACUCAGGUUAUGAAGCAGCAGUGUAUUCCGCCGCCUCUUCCUAUUACCAACAGCAGCAGCAACAGCAAAAACAAGCAGCUGCCGCUGCUGCGGCUGCUGCCACCGCAGCCUGGACCGGGACCAGCUUCACCAAAAAGGUUCCGUUUCAAAAUAAGCAGCUGAAGCCGAAACAACCGCCCAAACCACCUCAGAUCCAUUACUGUGAUGUCUGCAAGAUUAGCUGUGCUGGCCCGCAGACCUACAAGGAGCAUUUAGAAGGGCAAAAACAUAAGAAAAAAGAAGCGGCCUUAAAAGCCUCCCAAAACACCAGCAGCUGCAGCAGCACCGCAAUCCGCGGGACCCAGAACCAGCUACGCUGUGAGCUCUGCGACGUCUCCUGCACAGGGGCCGAUGCGUAUGCCGCCCACAUCAGAGGCUCUAAACAUCAGAAGGUCGUGAAGCUGCACACCAAGCUCGGCAAACCAAUUCCGUCAACAGAACCGAAUGUUGUGAACCAGUCUGUCACUUCUGCAGCUGUCUCCAAAGCAGCUGCCUCUGCAAACAGCACAUCCAGCACUAACGGGGCCUCUGUCACCACGUCGGCUGCAAAGCUGCUGACCUCCAGCUCAUCACUCGGCACUGCGAACGCAAGCAAAAUGUCCAGCAUCUCCUCUAACAGCAUAGUCAAGAAAAUAACCACGCCAAAAAUAACCUUUGUAGGUGGAAAUAAAUUACAGUCAACUGGGGUCAAGCCUGAAGACGGCAAAAUGAGUGACAGUGUUAAGGUCACCUCCAGCUCUAACGCGUAUUCCGAAGACGCAAAGAUGGAUUCCGUGUCAGAUGUGCACACCCUUGGCUCCCUGCACAGUGAUGUCCAGCCCGUGGGGCACGAUUACGUGGAAGAGGUUCGAAAUGAUGAAGGGAAAGUGAUACGAUUCCACUGCAAGCUGUGCGAGUGCAGUUUUAAUGAUCCAAAUGCCAAGGAGAUGCAUCUAAAAGGAAGGCGACAUCGGCUGCAGUACAAGAAAAAAGUCAAUCCAGAUUUGCAAGUGGAAGUGAAGCCCAGCAUUCGAGCCAGGAAGCUUCAGGAGGAGAAGAUGCGGAGGCAGAUGCAGAAAGAGGAGUAUUGGCGAAGGCGAGAGGAAGAGGAGCGGUGGAGAAUGGAAAUGAGGCGCUAUGAAGAUGACAUGUACUGGAGGCGGAUGGAUGAAGAGCAGCAUCAUUGGGAUGACCGACGUAGAGGCCCAGAAGGAGGCUACCAUCACGGUCCCCCAGGACCCCCUGGCUUGUUGGGAGUGAGACCGGGAAUGCCACCACAACCUCAAGGGUCUGCUCCGUUACGCAGACCAGACUCUUCCGAUGACCGAUAUGUUAUGACCAAGCACGCAGCAAUAUACCCAACAGAGGACGAGCUGCAGGCUGUGCAGAAAAUAGUGUCUCUCACAGAGCGGGCGCUGAAACUUGUGUCCGACGCCAUGGCCGAGCAAGACAAGGGCAAGCUGAACGAGACGGAGGAGAAGAAAGACCCCACAAAGGAUAGGGCACUGAAGGGAGUGCUGCGUGUUGGUGUACUGGCUAAAGGAUUGCUGUUACGUGGUGACAGAUAUGUCAGUCUGGUACUACUCUGUGCCGAGAAACCAACCAAGACGCUGCUGACCCGUAUUGCCGAAAACCUUCCCAAGCAACUUACUGUCAUAUGCCCCGAGAAGUACGAGGUGGCCUGUUCCAUUCAGGCGGCAGCCAUUAUUUUGAAAUCAUGCGUGGAACCUAAAAUGCAGGUCACAGUUACGCUGACCUCGCCGGUUAUAAGAGAAGAAAACAUGAGGGACGGAGAUGUAACCUCGAGUAUGGUGAAAGACCCACCGGACGUCUUGGACAGGCAAAAAUGCCUUGACGCUCUGGCUGCCCUACGCCACGCUAAGUGGUUCCAGGCUAGAGCCAAUGGUUUACAAUCCUGCGUCAUUAUCAUCCGCAUCCUGCGCGACUUGUGCCAACGUGUGCCCACGUGGUCUGAUUUCACCAGUUGGGCCAUGGAACUAUUGGUGGAGAAGGCAAUUAGCAGCUCCUCUGGCCCCCAGAGCCCCGGGGAUGCUUUGAGGAGAGUCUUUGAGUGCAUUUCAUCUGGUAUCAUCUUAAAGGGUGGCCCAGGCUUACUUGAUCCCUGUGAGAAAGAACCUAAUGACACUUUAGCUACGAUGACCAAUCAGCAACGGGACGAUAUUACUUCCAGUGCGCAGUUUGCCCUCAGGCUACUCGCCUUUCGACAGAUACAUAAGGUCCUCGGCAUGGACCCACUGUCUCAGAUGAACCAACGCUUCAACAUUCACAACAACCGCAAGAGGAGGCGGGACAGCGACGGCGUGGACAGCUUUGAAGCCGAAGGAAAGAAGGAUAAAAAGGAUUACGACAACUUCUAAAAGAGCACUAAGAAUACAGACUGUCGCACACCUGUGCACUCUUCCCUGAGAAAUACAUUUCCACUAACAGAGGCCUUUCAUCCCGACUGCCGCAGGGUUACGUGUCCUGAUCCAGCCCCUGGUGUCUUGUGGUUACCCUGCUCCAGACUGAUGUGUGGUCUCUCUAGUUGUUAAUAGGUUUAAAUAUUUGUAUAGUUGAUUUAAAGUUAGAAGCGACUUUCCCCUGCCCUAACAUUGCUGAUACUGUUGCGCCAUGGGUUGUGUGCAUCAGGAAAAAACAGGAGAUGCAGCUUCUCCUUUUGUGGAUAGAUGUGCAGUAUAGGGUACAUAUAAAGCACUGGACCCUCCCUCCAGUGACUCUUGAUCAAGUAGUUGUAGUAUUUAAUUUCGGCUGUGUCUUAGUUUUGUGUUGUAUUUAAAGAAGAAAAAAAAAGGCAAAAAGAUAUUGCGGCAGGGGAAAUGUUGUAAGGUUACAUUACUAGAUAUGGUGUAAGCCUCACUAAUUCUUCUGUUCCCACCUUUUCAUUUCUGUAAAUUGAUACUCAUGAAUGUAUUGUGUGAAGACUAAAAUACCUUCCUUUUUUUUUUUUUUUUUUCAUCUUGAGUACUCGGAAGUAAAUGUCUCCUGAUAUCUUGUUUUGUCGCAAUGGGUUGUAUAGUCGUAACUAAGGCAGCUUCCUGUUCAUUUUUUUUGCUCUUAGUUGUGCUGGAAUCGGGAAAAUGUCCUUCAGACACUGAUGCCGCCAGCAGUGCAUGAAUAUUUUUUUCAUUAGAAUAGUUUUUAGAUCUCACGCCUCUAUUUGCUAAUUAUUGGGGUUUCGGUGUAUAGCAAGGGGUUAUGAGGAUAAGGUUAUAUUUUUCUGCGUGUAGGAGAUGACUUCUUCCCCCCUGCACACACAGCAGGCGGAAGUUUUGCUGGUCUGGACCAUCGGCUAUAUGCAGCCUGCAAUUUCGUGGAACUAGUAAAGUGUUUGAGGCGUGUGGUGAUGUCGCUAGCUCUUCACGAAUUGUCUUUUGUACAGGUGAUUAGUUCACCACCUUUAAAAUCUUUACCCACCAAUCGUAAUACAGCUACGGUGAAAGUGAGGAGAUCCGACUGGCUGGCUAAUGAGAAUGGAUUAUUACUGUGGAUCCUACAAACAGUAAAUUAAAAAAUCUUUUUAAAUUUAUUUUCAAAUUCAACCAGAGGGCUCUUUGCAUUAGGGAACCUAGAAAACGUUCACCUUCUAAAACACUACACGAGGGCAUCCUUAUACUGACGCUGCAAUGGGUUUUGAAGUUCUAGCAGGCGUCAGAAAUAUAUUUGGGUGAUUAUUACUUUAGUUAUACCCUCUUCCAAGUGUAAAGGUGAUGCUGUGUUCAUAGAGCACUGUGGAGAAUGCACUUCAUGGAAAGGAUACAAAACAGCGCCACAUGUUUUUCUGCAUGUUCAGGCAUCAUUUCAGCCCCCUGUUCUGUAAGUAUAUUGACUAAGAUUGCUCAGAUACUGGUACGGUAUAGGAAUGAAGGUAUGGACCUCUGAGCCCCAGUAUCCCCCUGGCAUUGUGCUCCCGGGGUGAUUGUACAAGACACUGGUCUUGUCAGUGUGUGACACCACACGGAAGUAGCAAUUAUUUAUUCAGAUUUUCAGAACUUUGUGGACAGUGGAUUCCCAUAAAUAGAUUCCAACUCUGUCCGUAAUUCUGCAGCAUCAUUGCUAUAUAAAUCUCAGACUUCCUAUUCCUUAUACAGCUGUGUGAAUAUUGUCUUUAAAAUUAGCAGUUUUCAUUUCAACGUAGCUAGACUUAUGGAACCUGUGGCCCUCCAGUUAUUGUGGAACUAAAAGUCCCAGAAUAACUGCCAGCCAGAGGCAGGUUGGGAGUUGAGGCAUUAUAAUACCUGGAAAGCAAUGGAUUUACCUAAUUUUAAUACUAAAAUGUCAGUUGUCACUCCUGCAGACUUUAGUAAUGUGCUGAGCAGAGUCUGGAACCAGUGUCGUAUGCUCUUGAGAAUCAGUCUAAUUGACUAUUGACGUAUUAUCUCUGUACAAUUGGAGGGUCCCGAAAUAGUGCAGUUAUGGGCUCUGUCCAGAAUCAUCUGCAAUCCUGCUUCGUGUACAUUAUAGCCAGUGUAAUACGAUCAAGGGCCUCAAAUAAGAUCUCGCUUUCUUUAGUUUAAAAAAACAAACAAAAUUAAAGAGGUUCACAAGCAAAAGUUGAUGUUUUUCAAGAGUGUGAGCAAAUCUGUCCUCGUCUGUAAUGCUGCCCUGCCUGGCUAGUCAUCAAUGCAGGAGGUUCCCAGUCUGUAACGCCUCAAUGUGAUGUAUGACAUUACCAUCCAGUGCACAUUGCACUGAUGUGUAACUUCUCUAAGCCGGAAGCCUCAUUUGCGGGAUGUGUGUUUAGGAAAGAGACUGAUCUGGAUUGGGCUUUGUUCGUCUCACGGGAAUAACAGAGUACAUAGACAGUGAUUUACUAUAAUUUGCAUCUUACUGUUCAUGUAACUGCCACUAACCCCGACUGUCAGAUCUGCAGUUAAAUAAACCUGAAGAGGACAAUCUUAAUCUUA